AGGUUGCCGAAGUCUUCCAGUGAGUAUCGCUUGGUCUUUGUCUUCCAUACUCCAUUCGGAUGGACGCCUUGGGCCGUUCCAUUCUUGCAUGGCGUCUGCCAGAUGUUUCGCCAAGCAUCCCACCGGAUCUUGAAUGGCCCAAGGUCCCGGUGCUUGCGUGCUAUCGAUGCAAAGAUGUACCUGGUCCUGUCGAUGUACCUGGUCCUGUCGAUGCGAACCUUCAACCGCGGACCGCCGAUGAUUCCCCACGACAAUCCGCGUGAGGACUCGAUCCACAUCAUGGCGGGCGAACACCUGGGCUUGCCGUUUUGGACUCGCUUCAAUGCCCACGAGAAGUUCCACCUCAGCGAGUACGUGCGGAGCUUUAUGGAGCGGCUCGGGUACCAGGUGAACACGUAUGAGGUGAUGGAUGGUCGUAAGCUUGUCCCCUACCAGUGUGUUGUGGUGCGGCAGCAGUGGGAUGAGUUGAGAACAUCUUUCGUUGAAGCCUUCCGCGUGCAGAAAGCCGCCUACCGACAUGCCAAUGGAGGAUCAUCAACACCGACCUUGACGGAGGCUGCACGUCCACGGUGGAUUUCCGCUGCGCAUGAUGUUUGCCCUGCAGCCCACAUCAAAAGUGACUGCAGUGUGCGGAUUGGUAAUGCCGCUGCCUCUUCGGAUUCGACAGAUGUGAGUUCUGUGAGUACAUUCUUCGUCUAG